AUGGAUGUGUUGGCUAUUUGCGUUGAAUUUGUCAUUGGAUUAGAGGAAGAUCAAUCAUCUCCUUUUUCUGAUUUUACAGAAGAAUUGCCUGUUAUUAAGGAAAAGAUUGUUCAAGCUGCCGAUAGUAACCACUAA